GCUCGAGUGGAGCGGGGGCGAAUUCCUGGGCAGCGGUUGCACCCUCUCCUUCCCACCAUCAGAUCGACUCCCAAAAGGGGAAAUUAAACCACCUUAGUUUAGAGGAGAGAGCCACCAGCCCAGAGAGAGAGGCUCAAUGAGGACAUGAAUUAAGAGAGGCAGAGGAAAAGCAUGCAUGCAUGGCUCGUUGCAGGCCUCUGGGAUUCUUGUUGGGAUUGCCCUUUGCCGUGCUCGCAUUGCUUCUGUCCCUUGUCGGCGCCGUAGUGUGGUUCAUUGGAUUUGCCCUGACCUGCGUAUGCCCAUGCUGCUGCGGAUGCUGUACUUGGGUGGCCAAUUUGGCGGUUGAUAUAAUACAGCUUCCUGUUAGAGUGAUUCAGUGUUUCAUGGAUAACGUCCCUUAUUAAUGUUAAUUUUGUAAAUUAUUUAUGUAUAUAUAUUAUUAUGGUUCUAAUAAUGUAGAGGGCACCAAUAAUUUUAUAUCGAUUGUGAGUUAAGAAAAAUUUGUGUUUAUAAAGAAAAAAAAUUCUUACCACGUGAUGUAUUUUUUAAAGGAUAAAAUUAUGUGGUCUAUGGGUCAGAGUCAAAAGGGACUCGUCUUUGUAAGGAGAAAAAAAAAAUUUAUGUGGGAUAUCUUAAUCCGCAAUAUAUAUCAUUGGUGCUUUUU